CCAUAAAGGCGAGGGCAGGGCCGGCGCUGCGCCCGGAGCGCGUUCAGGUGACCGAGCGGGAGGCGCGGCGGCGUCGGGCUCCAGCCAUGCUGUUCUGGCACACGCAGCCCGAGCACUACAACCAGCACGGCUCCGGCGGCUACCUGCGUGAUGUGCUCGCGCUGCCCAUCUUCAAGCAGGAGGAGCCCCAGCUGUCCCCCGAGAACGAGGCCCGCCUGCCACCCCUGCAGUACGUGCUGUGUGCUGCCACGUCCCCAGCCGUGAAGCUGCAUGAAGAGACGCUGACCUACCUCAACCAAGGUCAGUCCUAUGAAAUUCGGCUGCUGGAGAAUCGGAAGCUGGGAGACUUCCAGGAUCUGAACACAAAGUACGUCAAGAGCAUCAUCCGUGUGGUUUUCCAUGACCGUCGGCUGCAGUACACAGAGCACCAGCAGCUGGAGGGCUGGCGGUGGAGCCGGCCUGGGGACCGGAUCCUGGACCUCGAUAUUCCACUGUCUGUUGGUAUCUUGGACCCCAGGGCCAGCCCGACCCAGCUGAACACAGUCGAGUUUUUGUGGGACCCUUCGAAGAGAGCCUCCGCGUUCAUUCAGGUGCACUGCAUCAGCACAGAGUUCACCCCGAGGAAGCACGGGGGUGAGAAGGGGGUGCCUUUCCGAGUGCAGAUCGACACGUUUAAGCAGAACGAGAAUGGGGAGUACACCGAGCACUUGCACUCCGCCAGCUGCCAGAUCAAGGUGUUCAAGCCGAAGGGAGCAGACCGGAAACAAAAGACCGACCGGGAGAAGAUGGAGAAGAGAACCGCCCAGGAGAAGGAGAAGUACCAGCCAUCCUAUGAAACCACCAUUCUCACCGAGUGCUCCCCGUGGCCCGACGUGGCCUACCAGGUGAACAGCGCCCCGUCCCCCAGCUACAACGGCUCUCCAAACAGCUUCGGCCUCGGCGAAGGCAGCACCUCACCGACCCACUCCCACCCGCUGGAGACCCUGCCCAUGGGCAGCGAUCACCUGCUCCCAUCUGCCUCCAUCCAGGACGCCCAGCAGUGGCUGCACCGCCACAGGUUCUCGCAGUUCUGCCGGCUCUUCGCCAGCUUCUCAGGUGCUGACUUGCUGAAGAUGUCUCGAGAGGAUCUGGUGCAGAUCUGUGGCCCUGCAGAUGGGAUCCGGCUCUUCAACGCCAUCAAAGGCAGGAACGUGAGGCCGAAGAUGACCAUUUAUGUCUGUCAGGAGGUGGAGCAGAGCCGGGCACCCCUGCAGCAGAAGCGGGACGGUGGUGGGGACAGCGGUCUGUGUGUGUACCAUGCCAUCUUCUUGGAAGAGCUGACCACCUUGGAGUUGAUUGAGAAGAUCGCCAACCUGUACAGCAUCUCCCCACAGCACAUCCACCGAGUCUACCGGCAGGGGCCCACAGGCAUCCACGUGGUGGUCAGCAACGAGCCGCCACUCCAGUGUUGGAGCCCAGAGGGAUGGAGUUUGGAUGGUGCAGAAUUUCCAGGAUGAAUCCUGUUUUGUCCUCAGCACCUUAAAAGCGGAAAGCAGUGAUGGCUACCACAUCAUCCUGAAAUGUGGCCUCUGAGCAGCACGGAGCGGCAGCUGCCUCCACCUCCCAGCCCCAUCGACCCCCUUGGAUGUAGGAAUUCACCGUCGGAAGCUGCAGCCUCCCUGGCUAGAAGGGAUCUUGCUGAUCUAAGAAAGCUGCACACCGGCAGCCAGCAGACACCCACGUAGACCUCUGCAUGCAGAUCCCACCGGCAGCCAGCAGAAACCCACGCAGACCUCUGCAUGCAGAUCCCACCAGCAGAAACCCACGCAGACCUCUGCAUGCAGAUCCCACCAGCAGAAACCCACGCAGACCUCUGCAUGCAGAUCCCACCAGCAGAAACCCACGCAGACCUCUGCAUGCAGAUCCCACCAGCAGAAACCCACGCAGACCUCUGCAUGCAGAUCCCACCAGCAGAAACCCACGCAGACCUCUGCAUGCAGAUCCCACCAGCAGAAACCCACGCAGACCUCUGCAUGCAGAUCCCACCAGCAGCCAGCAGAAACCCACACAGACCUCUGCAUGCAGAUCCCACCGGCAGCCAGCAGACACCCACGCAGACCUCUGCAUGCAGAUCCCCCCCCCGACUCCUCUCUCCCUUGCUCUUGGCCUCCAGCUUUUGAAUGGUCCUUUCCCUACGCCUGCCUCUCUAAAGAGGCCGACAGCAGUGAGCGGGGGCGUCUGGUCUGAAACGCCUUGCUCUCCUAGUUGGAGGCUAGUUCAUGGCCGUCUUGUUGCCAAUGUGUUGGUUCCUUCUGACCAGUCCCCUGCCUCCAGGCAAAGCUCUGCCCCAGCCUUCACCUUCUUCUCUGGUAACUGGCUCCAUGGCCAGGACUGCUGACUAGAUGGGGGCGAUUGGCCACCAUCAUCUGUCUUCGUGUUCAUUUCCGUUCUCGAAGGUCCUGGUGAGCAGCUGUCUGUCCUGCUCUUGGUGGAUUGAUGGGAGUGGGGUUUACUCCGUGCCUUCUUUCACUUUACCUGGUUCCUAAGGAUCUGCUACCACAAAGCCCUGAGAUGGGGCACCUCUCUGCGUAGGUGGGCGGACACCACGUAUGCGUGUGGGACCUGCCACACAGACCAAGGCCCGGGAGGGUGGGGAGUGGGUAGAAAGGCUAUUUUUAGGCUCAUUCUCACCAGUGUAAAAGGGAUGAGAACAAAAUAACUCCUGUUGAGUUCCUGUGGCGUGAUAUUAUUUCUCAGCAGUCGUGGGUGAGGAGGACUAGGACAGUGGUUGGCAAACCGCGGCUCGCGAGCCACAUGCGGCUCUUUGGCCCCGCCAGUGUGGCUCUUCCACAAAAUACCAGCUCUUCCACAAAAUACCGACUUCUGCACAUGGGCCAUGAAGUUUCAAUCGCACCGUACGUACACGCCCGCACGUGGUAUUUUGUGGAAGAGCCACACUGAAGGGGCUAAAGAGCCGCAUGUGGCUCGCGAGCCGCGGCUUGCCGAACACGGGACUAGGACAUGAUCAUCCCAUUGUGUGAUCAGGUGACCUUGGCCGUCACAAUACCUAGCCCUCAAGAGUGCCUCACCAAAUCCCAUUUAGAGAAGACUCGGCUACCUGCUGCCAAACCUGCCGAGUUCCCUGAGGGUGUCGUGUUUUCUGUGAGGGCCCCUCGCAGGAAAUGCUGACCGUUUUUCAUUUGUAGGGGAUGUGGUUAGAGCGUUUUCCCCGCGUUGCUGUGAUCGGAUCACCUUUCUUAGUGGCGUCGGAGGAAUUUGAAUGUCAGUAACUGGAGCACUAAGGAAUUCCUCUCUGUCUUGCCUCUGUUUCCUGGGAUCCAGUAAUCAGUGCUGGCCCAGGGCUUCAACUCUUUGCUAAUUUAGGUUCAUCUUCCAAAGCAUGAUGCACCUACGGCCGGCUGAGCGGGGUUCUACAGCUUCUAGAGUAGAGCUUUUGGGAUAUAGUGCCGGGUCAGAGGUGGCCAGAACUGGGGGGAGCCCGGUUUACAGAUGGGGAAACUGGAGCCCAGGGGGCACAGCCAGCUCCUGAUAACACAGUGACGGGGGUGACGCACAUUUAUCUACCAGCCAGGGCAUUUGGAGAGAGAAUGGGAUGAUGUAGUAAUUAUGUUGGCACAGCAGGUGUGGUACUCCUACAGCGUAAAGACAGGUUCCUGCUUCCUUUUCCUUUCUGGGGGGAAGGAGCCAGUAACAGCUUUAUUGAGACACAAUUCACUGACCAUACCGUUUACCCACUUACAGUGUACAAUUAAGUGGUUUUUGGUAAGUUCACAGAAUGACCUUAAUCAGUUUUAGGACAUUUUCAUACCCUCCCCCCAAAGAAACCCUGUACCUUUAGCAGUCACGUUCCCACUUUUCUCCCACCUCCCCUGGUCCGGGCAGCGUCUGCUUUUUAUCGAGCUUCGCCUGUUUGGGGCAUUUUAUACGUAGAUGGGAUCAGACAGUCUGUGGUCUUUUGUGAUGAGCUUCUUCGACGUAGCCUAUUGCUUUCUAGGGUCAUCCAUGCUGAACGUGUGUCAGUACUGCAGUCCUUUUUUAGCUGAGUCAUAGUUCAUCCAGUGGAUUGACUGCAUUUUGUUUAUCCAUUUUUCACUUGAUGGACGUUUGAGUUGUUUCUACUUCUUGGCUGUUAUGAAAAAUGCUGCUAUAAACAUACUUGUACCAGUUUUAUGUCCACACACGUUUUUAUUUUUCUUGGGAAUAUGCAUCAGAGUUGAGUUGCUGGGCGAUGUAGUAACUAUGUUUAGCUUUCUGAGUAACUGCUGGACCGUUUUCCAGAGCAGCGCAGCGUUUUCCCGUCAGCGGUGGGUGAGGGUUCUGCUUUCUCCACACACUUGCUAUCGCCUGUGUCUUUUUGAUGAGAGCAUCCUAGUGGGUGUGAAGUGAUCUCAUUGUGGUUUUGAUUUCAUUUCCCUGAUGGCUAAUGAUGUUGAGCGUUCUUUUUCAUGUGCUUAUUGGCUAUUUGUAUAUCUUCUUUGGAGAAAUGUUUAUCCUUUGCCCGUUUUUAAUUGGCCUAUUUGUCUUUUUAUUAUUGAGUUAUAUGAGUGCUUUGCAUAUUCUAGAUACAGGUCCUUUAUCAGAUAGAUGAUUUGGAAACAUUUUCUCCCAUCCUGUGGGUUGCCUUCACUUCCUUGAUGUUGUUCUUUCAAUUUGAUGAAAUGCAAGACCACCCAUUUUUUCUUUUCUUUUUUAAAAAAUUGAUUUUAAAGAGAAAAGAAUGGGGGGCGGGGGGAGACAGUGAUUCGUUGCUCCACUUAAUUUAUGCAUUUAUUGGUUCUUGUAUGCGCCCGAUCGGGGACCGAGCCUGCCACCUUGGCGUGUCAGGACAGCAGCUGAACUACCUGGCCAGGCCUAACCAUUUGUUCUUUCAUUGUUUGUGCCUUUGGUGUCAAAUUUAAGAAACCAUUGCCCAACCCAAGGUCAAGGAGAUUUAUGUUUAUAUUUCCUUCUAAGAAGUCUUAUUGUUUAGUUUUCACAAUGAUCUUUGAUUCAUUUUGAGCCAGUUUUUGUGCAGGUGUAGCUAGUUUGGGUGCACUUCACAGAUGUUACUUUUUUUUUUAAUCAGAAGAUUUUUUUUUUAAAUAUAUUUUAUUGAUUUUUUACAGAGAGGAAGGGAGAGGGAUAGAGAGUUAGAAACAUCGAUGAGAGAGAAACAUCGAUCAGCUGCCUCCUGCACACCCCCUACUGGGUAUGUGUCCGCAACCAAAGUACAUGCCCUUGACCGGAAUCGAACUUGGGACCCUUGAGUCCGCAGGCUGACGCUCUAUCCACUGAGCCAAACCGGUUAGGGCAGAUGUUACAUUUUUUACAAAUUGAAGGCAAGACCCUCUGCCAGCAAAACUCCUAUGACUUGCUUUCUUAUGGUACCAGCUUUCUUGCAGUGGCCUGGAGCCAAACCCACAGUGCCUCCGAGGGAUGCCUGCAGACGGCGUGGGGCAGGGGCCUAACUUAGUUCUUUUGCGGGUGGCUGUCCAGUUGUCCAGCACCAGUUAUAGAAAAGGCUGCUAGAAUUCCCAGGGACUCAUUGCCAUGGCACUCCUGCUAAGGCCCCUGGUUCGCACCUGAUCCUUUUUUUUUUUUUAAAGGAUGUGAGGUUGUCGUUGGAAAGCUCACCUUUUCUCUUCUGCAACUGGUUUUGUGUUCCCUUUCUGCUGUCUCCCCCUUGUCCUGUCUCCACAACACUGGGUCAGAUCACUGUCUGAUGUUCUGUAGUCUUUCUUGGAGCUUAUUCUAACAUUACACACUGUUCCCCGGGGAAGGUCAGUGCCAGUCUUUUUUUUUUUUUUUUUUUUUUGAGGAAACUGAGUCACAUAGAAGUGGAAUAACUUGCCUACGUUUACACAGAACCAGACUAGACCUUUGGUCUUCUGGCUUCCAGCCGUUCAAGGUGGCGUCAGCCACUGCCUGAGUGGUGUUCCUACCCAGGCCAAGCAACGGCAGGCUAAAUUUUAAUCCUAAAAGAUGGCAGGCUAAUAUUUUUUAUUUCUUAAGUCCAAAGGAAGGCCUAAUAAAGAUCUAUUACCUUAA